UAUCUGGUAUAGGGUUGGUACAGUCCUAAAUACAGAAAGUAAGGUCGGAGAGAGUGUUUUUGGUGUCUUCUUGCAUCCGGCAACAGUAAUCAUGCUAGUGCUCGUGUUUCUGAGUGUGUUCGCCCUGGUGUACUACAUCAAUUUCCGCCGAUCGCGGAAACGGUUGUACGAGCUGGCCAAUCGGAUACCGGGCCCGUUCGAUUAUCCGCUGAUCGGCAGCGUACUCGUCGCUCUUGGUAGGGGACCGCUCGAGGUGAUCAGUUACCUGAUGGAAAGGAUGCACCAUCUACCGUCACCGAUGAGGGCCUGGUUCGGACCGUUCCUGAUGGUGGUCAUCGAUCGACCGGAGAUGGUCCAGGAGGUGCUCAACUCACCGGCCUGCUCCCAGAAACCGUACAUGUACGAUUUCUUCCGGCUCAGCAAGGGUCUGUUCGCGGCACCACUCGAUACCUGGCGUGUCCACCGGAAGCUGCUGAACCCGUCUUUCUCGCCAGCGGUGCUUAAAAGUUUCGUGCCAAUCUUGAACACCAAAGCGGCCCAGUUUGCGCGCGAUCUUAAUGAGCGAGCUGUGGCUGGUGAAUGCUUUGACAUCCAUGAUCUUCUUGCGCGCUAUACGCUCCUGUCGAUCACGAAAACAUCGAUCGGAGUGGAGCUGGGAGAACAGGAUGAGUCGGUACUUCAUAAGUACACCCACAAUGCGAUUGUGAUGUUCACAAACUGCUUCGAGCGUAUCUAUAAGGUUUGGCUGCACCCGGAGUUCAUCUACAGACUUACAUCCGCGUAUCGGGAGGAGAAUGAGCGGAUGGCAAAGUUCAAAAUGAUGUCGCGUAAGAUUAUGGAGAAGCGACGUGCGAUUCAGAGUGAAUGCAAGUCACCUCAAGCCUCCCCGGAUGACAACGAAGAAUAUCCAAAGGCUAGAAGGUUCAUCGAUCGGCUGGAGGAAAUGGCGGCCGAUCCACAACUGCGAAUCGAUGACGACUGUUUCCAGCAGCACAUCGAUACGCUCAUCUUUGGUGGUAACGAUACGUCCGCCCAAACCAUGGCCAAUAGCUUCCUUACGAUGGGCAUGUUCCCAGAGCUACAGGAAAAGCUCUACCAGGAGGUCAUGAGCGUCUGUCCAAGUGGGCCCAUCUCGUACGAGGAUCUUACCCGGCUUACCUACAUGGAGAUGUUUGUGAAGGAAACGUUACGCCAUCUGCCGAUUACGGGCACGAUUGCCAGGGCGCCGGCACAGGAGGUCCAGGUCUGUGACAUCACCAUUCCGGCUGGUACGAUGAUCUUAAUACCGUUUCUCAAGAUGCACCACAACAAGAGCGUCUGGGGAGAGGACGCUGAGACGUUCAAUCCGGACCAGUUUCUACCGGAACGGUGUGCCGAGCGCCAUCCGUACGCGUUCAUACCGUUUAGUGCGGGUCCGCGCAAUUGCAUUGGCAUGAAGUUUGCGUGGAAUUCGAUCAAAAUUCUGCUCACCCAUGUAGUUCGCCACUAUCGUGUCCAUACGGACAUUCGGCUAAGGGAUAUCAAGCUUUCACUGUCGCUGGUAAUGAAACUGAACACGAAACACCUGAUACGAUUAGAACGCCGAACGGAAGUUCUACGGUGAAGAGGUGCUAUCCUCAGUAAAACCCAGGUUUUCCCAGCAGAAACAAUAGAUAGUAAAAUGGUUUUAGGGAAAAAGGAAGUCCCCCGCGUUAAUGGUGAUGCCAAGUAUCACCUUUAACCUAUCCCCGGGCCGAUCGGAUCGUAAUGUUGUAAGCACUGGGGUGCUAAUAACGUAGUGCCAACAGUAGCACAAUCAAAGAAACAACGGUGGCCGGGUCCUAUGGAUCUUGAAGACGACACCGUGCAAUCAUCUAUAUAGCGAGGUGUAGGCCAUUGCAUAGGGCCUUCAUUAAAUAUAAUUGACUCCCGCACGUUCAUGACGCUCCCUUUUGAGCCCCAGCCAUACAGGAGCAAUCAAGCCGAUCAAGUGAUGCGGUAAAGAUAUUGAGUUCCCCCCGGUAGGAGCUGUAGAGUGUGUGAAUAUUUCCGUAUUAUUGCAACGCGCUAAUUACUCAUCACUCGAUCGCGAAGAUCUCGGCGAGAGCGAGAGCUGGCGUAUCUGGCGUAUGACAUGAAAGUGAUCAAACGCGAUCGUACCGGCAAACCGUGAGCACAGCUGUAACGGUACUUAGCAAACCUCGUGCUGCGAGGCACCAGAUUUCGUUGCAGUGACGUCCAACCUGUGUGAACGUUAGCCAAUGCAAACAGUUUUACGAUGGGCUACUGGCAGUUAAGCUGAUUGCGUGACAAGGUAACCACUUCCCCAUUGCAAAUCACAGUUAAAAUGGAUCCAUAAAACCGGAUCAUUAUUAUGUUUCCGAUGUUUGCAUGGAUGCUCGUGUGUCGGAUCGCUUUUAGGGACUUAAUUUUUACAACGAAAAUCGCAAAAGCAAUGUGAUAAAUGAUGCUUUGAAGUUAUUUGCAAAACUUUUUAUACGAUACGUUUUCUGUAAAGAUUUAUUUCUUGGAUACGGUUAAAUGGUACCAUAUUGUUGUUCAGUAGUGAUGGUGUAAUGAUAGAAAAUCCAUAAAAUCACAAAUUAGUUGUAAGAUUUUAAGCACACCUGUAACCCUGCUAGAACUGACUCUAUUAGGU